UCCAUGUGUCUGUUUUGCACCUGUAAGUUGCAGAUUUUCAUGCUGCCCAGAGUUACAGUUGAAUAGCCCGUGACAGAUGAGGGUAUUCAGAGGUAAUGCAGUAGCUAAGAAAAUGUUUAUUUACUUAUUUAGAGAUACAAGGUUGAACGGGCACCUCCGGCCCAGUGAGGUUGUGCCACCGAGCCACCCUCCAAUUUAACACCAGCCUAAUGACUGGACCUGUUCUUCUUCAAAAGUCCCAUCACCCCUACUGGGGCUUAGUCCACUGACAGCUACUCACCAGAAUCCAGUGUUCUGGGCCAGUCUUUCAGGUUGUCCCCGGGUGUAGCCAUCUUUGAAGGUCUUUACUCUCCCAUCUUUUCAGCUUCUGUUGGUGUUUCUGUAGCUUUGGGGUUCUACGGGAUGGGGUGGCCAGCUCAUGUCCAUCCCUCCUCCCUUCACGACCGGACUUGGGAUCGUUCUUGGAGGAGUCACAGGACAGUUUACAGUAACCAAUUAACCUACUAACUGGUGCAUCUCAGGACUGUGGGAAGAAUCCAUCACCACCCAGAGCAAACCGACAGUCAUGGAGAGAAUGAACAGACUCCUUACAGAAUCACUGGAACUGGGUUCCAAACUCUGAUGCCCAGAGCUGUAAUAGCAUCGCACUACCAUCGAGCCCCACAUGAGGAAAUACCCUCAUUUAGCCAGCACAGAGCACCGAGUCAGGAGUAAGUGGCCCCUACCCACCCCAUCCAGCAAGCUCUCAAAGUCAAGCAGAUGCGGAGGCAUUUCUUCAGCAAGAAGGGUGGUGAAUUCAUUGCCAAGGUUGAUAGGUUCUUGAUGAGUAUGGGCAUCCAAAGCUAUAGGGAGAAAGCAAGAAAAUCAGACGAUGGAAUGGCGGAGAAGACUCGACGGCCCGAGUGGCCUAAUUUUUCUCUUACGUACGCCCUCUAGGGGACUUCCUAAGCAGAAGUAACUAAUCCAUUUAUAGUUUAGUCCCGAAUGGGGUCUCGGCCCGAAACAUCGGCUCUUUAUUCAUUUCUAUUAAUGCUGAAACGGCUGCUGACUUCCCCAGCAAGUUGUGUGUGUUGCUUCGGAUUUCCAGCAACUGCAGAAUCUCGUGUUUAUAAUCUAGUUUAUCUUGUCAACGUAACCACAAAAGGCUGAAGGCUCUGAGAUCUCGAACACGGCCUCGACUGUCACGAGUAUGUAAUCCUUCUGACAAAAUAAAACUGAUAGAAUGAAAUAGGGAUUUUAUUUGCCCAUUAACUCGGAAGAGUCAGUGACAAGUACGGACGAAAUUGCAGCCGAAUGCGAGAAUCGAGUUCGAAGUAUUCGCAGAGUGGGACGGGAGUAUUUACUAGCUCAGGAAGCUAUCAAAGGCAAACUAGGUUCUAAUUAAGGGUUUCGGCCGGAAACUGUUAUUAUCUCUUUCCAUAUUUGCUGCCUGGCCCGCUGAGUUCCUUCAGCAUUUUGUGCGUGGGGAGAGGGACGCUCACUCAGAAUUAAGAGAGGCUCUAAAUUUAAAAUCAGUCUGUGAGCCAUUAAAGGGCGCAGGCAGAGGACAACGAGCACUGCGUGCUGCGGACACAUGCAGGGUUGCUUGCAUUGCCGCCCCCGCUGCAAGCUCCAGGCCAGCGCGCUUGUCGCCCCGGCAGGGUGGCUCCGUAGCUCGCGCUAAUUGGCAGCUGAGCGUGUCAAUCAUUGGGAUGAUUGACGGGCGGGCGUAGCCCGGCGGGACCGGUGACCUUUUGGCGGGCGAAGCGAGGCUGGGCUGGGCUGGGCCGGGCCGGGCCGGGCCGGGCCGGGCCUCCGCCCUCAGGACGUGGAGCUACUGGCUGUCCUCGGUUUGGUAACUGCCUCUCCUUUGGCUUUCAAAUAUCAGGAGGCAUCCAUCAGACUUCUGAGAUUGUGUUGAACCCAUCCCUUGCUUUGCCUUCUGCCACAAGCCAGCAAUUAGUGUUCACUGGAGAGUCUCCUCCGAGAAAUUUGACCCACAGGAGCUAUGAACCCAAACCAGCUGAGUCCUGAGCCCCAGACGGCACUGAGCCCAAAGCCUUGCAGCAACCUCCCUAGCAGCUGUGGGCAGGUCCACUCCUCCAUUGCCUCUCCAGCAAGCGGCUUGGCAGCCAGCCCCUUUCCCGCAGCAGGCUUAGGCAUCAUGCAGAACGUGACCAGCCCAGGAACCUAUAUUCAGAUCCCCAUCAACGCCGAGGUCCGCUGCAUCUCCACGCUCUCCUUGCCCCCAGCGGUCCAGAGGAAGAUCUACGGCGGAGCCUGCAACCCGCCAAAAUGCAGUGACAGUAGCAAGCCCUCCAUUGCCAUCUACAUCUACCCUGUCAACCCAAUCAAGCUGUCCGAGGCCAAGCGCCUUCUUCCUCUGACACACAAGCCAUCGUCGCCAGACUGUGGAGCUAAGGGUGUGACUGAUUCAGAGGAGAAGCCCAUUUCUCCACCAGCCCAAAUGCCGAGUAAGAAAACAUCAUCAAGGAGACAAGACAUCAAAAUAAAUCAGCCUGUAAAGGACGCUAUUGUUACCCCAACACCUGUUUCUGUUAAAUUUUGUAAUAACCUGGCCUCUCAGGUUCUGAAAACAUAUGUAAAGCUGCAGGGGAAAGGGGGAAACAUGGACGACUUGAUGCAGACUUACUUCAACAAUCCACUGGAGGUCAAGUCUGCCAAUUCGUUCAAAGACAAUGCCCUGCUCCUCUUCAAUGGGCAGUUGUUUUUCCUUGCCCAGAAAGGUGCCGAAAUACCUGCUGCGGCAAUGAAAGGGAAGCGGUUGGCAAGGGAAUCGGACACGCAGGAGCCAAACAUGCUUCAAGGGGAGCCAGGUCGCUUCGAGCAUAGGAUUGAUACUGGUCAGAACUCCACCAGCUCUUCAGCUGCAAGGCACGAGAUUGAUCCACAGGCGUUGAAGCGGGAACACGAGACCAAUAGGAAAGAAUGCGCUGCAAAGGGAGGUGAUGGCUCAAAUUGCCCUUCCAAAACUCGACAAAAUGGAUUGGAGAUGGCACAGCAGAUUGUGAAGUGGCUGCCGAACUCUCUUCCAGGAGGCUGUGUGAGAAGGCCUAUGUUCUCGGAAAACAGGGACUUGCUCCUCAAAGCAGGCAUCCAUUACGAUGUCAGUGUUUGUCUUCACAGAAUCUCCUUGAGUGGCAACGCUGACACUUCGGGUCAUCGGGUGGAACGUCCCACAAGAAGUAUUCCGCAGCUUUGCAAAGAACCUGAAGGGGUGAACUUGGAAGAAUGCCCUAAGCUCUCUCGAGAGCCUGAGCUGUCAGAGCUCGAGGAGUGUCUUGAGCUCACGGGGGAACGUGAGUUGAAGGCGUGCCCACAGCUUUCCAAAGAAGUUGAUUUUGGAGAUUUGGAAGAAAAUUCUGAUACCUCAAAGAUUAUCACGUCAGUCCCAUCCAAAGAAUGUCCAGAGCUCUCCAAAGAAUCUGGGCCUGUCGUAAUGGAGGAAUGUGGAUCCAUCUUAAAAGUGCUUAAACCAGGAGAACUGGAGGGGUGCUCUGGUACCUCGAGGGAGGCCAGCCCAGUAUUGCUGGAAGAAAGCCAGGGAAAUUUCAAAAACAAUGUCUCAGUCACAUUGCGAGAAGAUAGAGGUGUCUGUAGCACACCAAGCUCGGCAGACCUCAGAGAACAAUUGGAACCUACUCUGAACUUGAGCUGUGCGGGUUUGAAAGGCUGUCGUGCAGAGUUGGACGAGGAUUUUCACAGCAAAGACAGAAGGAAGUGUGAAGAGGUUGAAAUUGAGAUUCAGAGCUCCGGCUGGCAAAACUCUAAUGGGGACGAUGAUAAAUGUGGACCGAACAAGAGGAGAAAGCUUCACCAAGAGAUCACUUCUGUGAAUUCCGAAAGGGAAGUGUGCGGGCUCCUUAAUGCCAAAAGGCCGACCAAUGAUGAGUCUGGAAACUCUGCCGAGACACCACCACAUUGUCUGCUCUUCUUGCACCACCAGCCACAAAUUUGCUUCUACCCUCCUGAGCAGGAAAACCCUCUGGAAGUGGAUGACACUGUGCGAGACGAGAAAAUUAAUCGCUUGAAGGAAAUUCUCAAGGAGAAACAGGCAGCACUGGAUCUUGUGAGGAAGCGAGUAUCACUUUCCAGUUCUGCGUCGGGCUCUACAGUGGAGUAAGAGGUGCAAACUGCAGAUAUGAAGUAGGUAGUGAUUAGAGACGCUCUGAACCAUGUGAUGAAGGGUAGUAUUUCUGAGGGUUAUGGACAACCUCAUAGUUCGGCGAUUGUCAAUUAUUCCUUCUAAAGUGCGGUCACCCAUUCUUAUGCAUUUAAAUCCAACAGUUGUGAAUAUUCACUUUAUUUUAAAAUUUCUACUUGUUUUCGUAAAUUACAAUAUUAAUUUGUAUUUUGCUAUUCACGUGUAUAGAAUAUUAGGGUAUUUACUAGAGCACUGUUUUCCUGUUGCCUCUAAACAAAAAAAUAAUUGUCCUACUUUAUUGUGCGAUAUUAAAAGGCUCUUGAAACUGA